AUGCCGCCAACAUUUCUAUCCCUCACCUCGCUUGCAAAGAAAGAGCCCUCAACAAACCGUAUUCGACUCGCUGCAGUAUCCAACUACAAAUUAGCACAAAUGACAUUCGCACCACCAGAUGAUCGCACGUUAAGAAAAACAGCAUUGAUCAAGAAUCUAGUAGAGAUCGUCUACAAGCAUACACCGAAUGAGCAACUCACAAAGCAUAUGGUGCGCUGGGAGUACUUUACGCCUGAAUCACUGGAGGAUAUGACGCAAAAAGAUGUCGAAAAGAUCAUUUAUCGGUAUUCUCAGGUUGUAUAUAGCACUGCCAUCACAUUGGGAAAAGAGGGCAGCAAGAAGGAGCAGCGGUUUUUGUGUUCUGAUUAUCCAGAGAUCACCGCUGAAGUUCGGGAAAUGGAUGAAAUGAGUGCUUACUACGCUUCCUUGUUCUCCAGCUCUGUAUUCUCUAAGGAUACAUUAUUUCAAGAUGAAGCUAGCUCGUCUUACUCUGAAUCUGAUAUUGACAUGAAAGAUAUUGAUGAUAAGAUACCAGAAAAACCUAUGCAACCUCUUCCACAGCCGUUUCAAUCCAAGCUGCAAAUUUUGUCCACUUCACAGCCAACAUAUUCGUCACAGCGUCCCAACAACAGCUAUGACAAUAGUAGCAAUGAAAAAAGCACAAGCAGGUUGAGCUGGCUCAGCGAUACAGGCGUACCAACAAACAGCGCGGUUGCUCUCAACUUGGCAAGCGAAAUGAUGACCCUAUUUGACAUGGAAUUCAACGUAGAUCUGUCCGUCCUCUCCCUGCAUGAACUAAAAAAGCUUGAAAGUAGCAAUGGCAGCACGACAAGUUUGCACAAAGUAUUUAGCGCCAAUGAAUACCAAUCUUCCGAAGAAGAUGAUAAUGAUUAUGAGGAAGAAUCAGGGGAAGAGGAAGACCAGCAAGUAGUAGAAGGACAUCAGAUUGAUCUACCACAUUUGACAGCGGGGAAACAAAGGCAGCAGGAUCAUCCACAGGAAAAGUCUGGCAGUAAGAAGAAGGCCUUCAAGUUGAUACCGACAUUGAAGCAACUGGGCAAUAGAAGAAAUAAGAGUAGCAGUGACGAAAGCAUCUCAUUUGCUUCGCUCAGUAUAGCCCCUGCAGCACCAACACACAGUCAAUACAGAGCACAUCCUUCACCAGCACACAACUCAAACCAUCAGUACUACUAUUCUUCGUCAUUAUCCUCAGACAGUGAACAAGAAGAGGAGAAAGAAGAAGAAAGUGAUGAUGAUAUACCAACCCAGAGCGUACCGUACAGUUGCAUUGGCCCUAAUGCGAGAAGCAUUACCCCGCCCAAUAGAACUUCAUCACUGGAUUACAGAACUUCAUUACGAGACAGAUUCAAGCUAUCAGACAAAGACUCCUCAGAAACAUCAUCGGAUUACUUUAAUGACUCGGUUGAUACAUUUCAAGUAGAACUAAACUGCAGUCGCGAUUCAGCAGGUGUUGAUUCGACCUCAUUCAAGGGAUUUCUGAGUGCGUUGAGCAGUAUCCGCAAGACAAGGUCAAGAAGCAACAGCACCAAGCAAGAUUCAGACGGAAAUUACCCAACUAUUUCGAGUACUCAGUCAAUCAUGAAGGAAGAAUCGAGCUUCGAUAGCGAGAGCAUGAUAUACAAUGACUCAAAGCGCAAAAACUCGAUACAAAAAGUGAUCAAAUACCUUGGCACUCGUAGUUCAUAUGGUAACAAAACUGCUUUUCGACGAGGAUCAGUUACUUCAAGCAGUUUAUCCGUAUCAGCAACAUCCACCAUUAUGUCUGGGUCAAGUCUAUUUUCUGAACCUCAUCGUACCCAGGCAGCUAAAACAUCUUCAUCACAUACUUCUCCUAUCAUAUUGUCGCCUCGAGUAGCUAAAAGACAUGGGGUAUACACAACAUCCAUCAUAUCAGAUACAUCUUCCUUUAAUUGGGCUGAAGAAACUCGACAAAAGGAUGAAUUUGGGUCUAUUCAUUCUAAGGCGAGCAGUAAUAAAACAAUGCCUGCAUUUUUUAGUAGCAACAAAAAACAGCAGCAGCAGCAGCAGUGCCUUGCAAGGCCUUCCUCUACGACAUCACUUGGUGGGUUCUUGAAAAGACUCACUGCAUUCAGCAGAAAAGACAAACAUUUGCAGAGAGCAUAG